AUGUCUUUCUCUCGCCAAAUUUUACAGCCUCGAGCUGGUAUAUGCAGAGCCGUAACUCGCAGUUCAGGACUUGUACAAUAUCGUGGAACAGCUUUAAGAAACUCAUCUCCUCUGAAUUCUUCUCGAACAUUUACCGCAGCUCGUCGAUUAUGCAAUGCUGAAACUACUAUUCCCCCGCCUCCACCUCCACAACCCUCAUUACUCUUACGAACUCUCACUUUCUUUGGAAUCGCUAUUGUGUUCACAUCUGUAGGCUUCUCAAUAGCUGCAUAUCCAGCCUUCAAAGCCGCCAAUGCCAUACUUGAUCCCCCAUCUGAUGAGGAGUCCCUUAAAUUAUACACACCAACCGAUGCGAAAUCUAUAGAAGUGGAAGCCUAUAUAAAUAAUCAUCCAAUUGUGAAGGAACUACGAAGCCGACCCGAAUUCACAGAAUCAAGACCACAUAUGAAAAUCCCAGAAUCACAGCGAGGACAUAAUCUUACAGGUGGAACAUUGAUGGGCCCGGGACGUGUUCAAGUACCACCAUAUGUAUGGACUGAAGCAGGCGGAAAAUCUCUUGUAUCAAUCUCAUUCCUAGGAGAAGAUCUUUGUGGACAUCCGAAAAUCAUACAUGGAGGAUUUCUAGCCACGAUGUUAGACGAGGGGCUAGCACGAUGUUGUUUUGGUGCACUACCGAAUAAGAUUGGUAUGACGGCUACUCUGACAGUCAAUUAUAAAGCUCCUACAGCGGCGGGAACUUUUGUAGUGUUGAGGGCGGAGACUACGAAAGUUGAGGGCAGAAAGGCUUGGGUUGAAGGAAGAAUUGAGACUUUAGUUGGGGAGGGAGAGAAACCGAAAGUCUUAUGUGAGGCAAAUGCAUUGUUUAUUGAACCUAGACAGGCCAAGAUGAUGGCUAGGAUAUACCCGGUCUCAUAG